CAAGGAGACAUCGUGGUUUCAAUAUCGCCAGCUAUCUGUCAACGCGGUUCAUCACCUGCAUGACCCGCGAAUAAUAACAGCUUUCACCUCCAACAUUUGAUCCUUUUGAUACCACUACGAGCUGCCCGGUCGGAAAAACUGCAUGAUACGAUCUUCAACACUGCCAUAAUUCCUCUGGCCAGCGUGCCAAUUGACUCCCACCGCCUCUGCGUCUGCCCCUCGAUCCCCGCCUUGGCAACCACUUCAUCAUGGCUUCCGCCGUGUUUUUCCUCGACUUGAAGGGCAAGACCCUUCUUGCCCGAAACUACCGCGGUGACAUUCCCAUGUCAGCUGUCGAGAAGUUCCCCGUCCUACUCAGCGAAGCCGAAGAGGAAUCAUCUGCUGUCCCUCCAUGCUUCUCGCACGAGGGUAUUAACUACCUUUACAUCCGACACAACAACCUAUACCUCCUUGCCCUGACGAAACGAAACACCAAUGCCGCCGAGAUCCUCCUAUUCCUUCACAAGAUUGUCGAAGUCUUCACCGAAUACUUCAAGGCUCUUGAGGAAGAGUCCAUCCGCGACAACUUUGUCAUCAUCUACGAGCUCCUCGACGAGAUGAUGGACUUUGGCUACCCUCAGACUACCGAGUCCAAGAUCCUCCAGGAGUACAUCACCCAAGAAUCCCACAAGCUCGAGAUCCAGGCACGCCCGCCCAUCGCCGUCACAAACGCCGUAUCAUGGCGUUCCGAGGGUAUCCGUUACCGCAAGAACGAGGUCUUCCUCGACGUCGUCGAGAGUCUCAACCUCCUCGUCAGCGCCAACGGCAAUGUCUUGCGCAGCGAGAUCCUCGGCGCCAUCAAGAUGAAGUGCUACCUCAGCGGUAUGCCCGAGCUCCGCCUGGGCCUGAACGACAAGGUCAUGUUCGAGACAACAGGCCGGACGACACGCGGCAAGGCCAUUGAGAUGGAGGAUGUCAAAUUCCACCAGUGCGUGCGGCUGUCACGCUUCGAGAACGACAGGACCAUUUCUUUCAUUCCCCCGGACGGCGAGUUCGAGCUCAUGAGCUACCGCCUCAACACCCAGGUCAAGCCCCUGAUUUGGGUCGAAUGUGUUGUCGAGAGCCAUAGCGGAUCACGAGUCGAAUACAUGCUCAAAGCCAGAUCGCAAUUCAAGCGGAGGAGUACAGCCAACAACGUCGAAAUCAUCGUUCCGGUCCCCGACGACGCCGACACCCCGCGCUUCCGCACCAACAUCGGCGCCGUCCACUACGCCCCUGAGCAAAGCGCCAUCGUGUGGAAGAUUAAGCAGUUUGGAGGCAACAAAGAGUUCUUGAUGAGAGCGGAGCUGGGACUGCCUUCUGUACGGGGCGACGACGAGCACGGCGGUGGUAUGACUGGUGGCUUUGGUGGUAGUAUGGGUGGUGUUGGUGCGCCUGGUAAGGGCGCCAAGAGGCCAAUUCAGGUCAAGUUUGAGAUCCCCUAUUUCACGACGAGUGGUAUCCAAGUGCGGUAUUUGAAGAUUACAGAGCCAAAGCUGCAAUAUCCCUCGUUGCCUUGGGUCAGAUACAUCACCCAAUCAGGAGACAUAGCUGUGAGGCUGCCUGACGCAGUAUGAGGCGAGCAGGUAUCGGUGUAGUUGUAACGCAAUAUGAGCUCGAAGGGAGUCUAUUUUCCAUCGACGCACUACUAUUUUAUCGAGCGAAAAGUGAAUGGAGGUUACACAAAACACACAUCGGCUGGAGGCGGGCAUGUUAGGCCAUAGACACAUCCAGACAGGGGCAAGGUAGAUGCGUCAAUGCUUCGGGGCUCUCAAGAGCCGUUGGAUGAGUACUUACUAGGCCAAGUAGACAAGCUACGUUCAUGAGCACGAGAAGGAGGAAGCUUUCAAUGAUGAUGCCAAAUUUAACAUGUCAAAAUUG